AGCAACAUCGGGGCGUACUUUAUUACCUACUAAGACCUGGAGGGAAAGCUACUUGAGAGGGACGCCUCUCUACUUUGAUGUUCGUGAAAUAUUGCUAGAUAUUAAGAUUGGGGACAAUUAACAUGUUAACUGUAAUGGAAAUGUCAAAUAGUACAAGAACAAGUAACGGAUUUGUUCUCCAAUAGAGUUUAUCAAUCCGAUUGUUCUUCCUGUCAGAAACAUUAGUAGAAUUUUUAUAAAUCAAUGUCUUUGGAAACUGUGGAAUAAUAGAAGCUUUUAUCAGCGUCGUUACUCAGGAAGCAUCCUGUGUUUGUUAAGUAAAUACAUUCAUAAAGGGAACUCGUUCGGGAUUUAUUGAAUCGACACCAUUCUUUGAAGAUUUAAAUUUAUUAAAACAACUGUGAUCCAUUCAAAUGGUACUGACAUUUUUGCAGUGUUAAGGAUCUUCUUUGUGGACAACAAGGCCGAACAAAAUGUUGUUAAACAGGAUGCGACAAGCGUCCAUCAGCCAAGAGAGCACUACGUCAGCUGGACGUCAAAGUACAACAGUGACGUCACCGCGCGAGUCAGUCAAACUGUCUGCGACGACCCAGGCGCCGACACAGACGACAAAGCCUAUGUUGGGACAAACGGGACGUGGGCCAAGCAUUCUGGGGCUGCUGGCCGCCAAACGUUUUACCAGAAAUAUGAAGAGCAAGUACGGGCGAACAGGGAGCAUUUACGGAUCUUCAAGAUAUUCCACGCAAAUAAAUAUCCAGAAAGAACCGUCAUACCGCAUGGAACCGACGAAGAAAUUCAACGCGGAUGAAGCUUUCAACGCCCUCAAGAGCGUCGUUGACAAACGAAUGGAAGGGUUUAGGUACCAUCCAAAGUUUUGCUCAAACAUGACCAAAAUGCUAAGUGAUGAAAUUAAAGACGAAGUAAAGAAGCUGAAAUUUGACAGAUAUAAAAUAGUAGCGGUGGUUCACAUCUCAGAGAAGCGCGGUCAGAGCAUGAUGGUGGCAAGCCGGUGUGCUUGGGACAAGAAUGUGGACGAGUUCGCCACAUAUACCAUGGAAACACCCACGCUGUUCUGUUCCGCUUCAGUGUUUGGAAUUUAUAACGAAUAGAUAUUAUCCUUGCUCGAUGCAAGUUUUCUUUGAAAGCAGAGAUGAAUAAUUAAAAGCACUUAAUCAUUUUAAGGCUAUCUGUCUAGUUGUAUUACGCAUAAUGCGUCAUUAUCAGACAUCGUUAAGUAGCUUAUCAACGAUUAAAGCCAUUAAAGUUGGUUUAGGAAUAUUUUAAUUUCCUUUUCGAUCAUCGAUUUAUUUAUUUUGACGAACGAUUGACUUUGGAUUCUAAUCUUAUAUGACUAAAUCUUAUUUACAAGUCAAGAGACGCAAUUCAAUAAAUUAACUUGUUAUUCUUGUAGUAAAGAUUUCCGAUUUUGGAUUUCGCAAACAGAAUAUUUGUUGUAGAUCUUAAAUGUAAAACAUUUAUAGCCUUCUAACAAUGUGCAGAGAUGAUAGCGCUUGUUUAUUGAAAGCAUCAAGUUCAUAACAUUACUUGUGCGUUUGGGUGAAUUGUAAAAAAUGGACCGGUAUAUACAUUUAUAUUUCUAUCUAGCCUAUGUUCAAUGUAUACAAUAUUACGUGUAUCAUUUCUAAAUUCAAGUUCCUGUGUGUGUGAAAAAGUGAAUGUGUCUAAAUUCAAGUUCCUGUUUAUAUACUUAUCUUCAUUAGACUUUAGACGAAACAUUUCACUGUAUAAACUGCAGUAAAUAUUCA